AUGCAGGGGCGGGUAGGGGAUGGACCGGGAGGAGCCGGCGCGAUCUUCGUUGGGGGGUUGCUUACCGUACCGGCGCCGACCUCCCGUCGCUCUUUCCGUUACGACGGCCCUCGACCCCCUCCUUCGGGGCAGACGCAGCCGGAGAGCGGCAGUGAGGAGGAGGAUGAGGAGGAGGAUGGUGAGGGCGAGAAGGAGGAGGACAGUGAGGGGAGCGGGGAUGACAGCGAGGCGGCGUGGGACCCAGAGACGCAUGGCGGUGGGGAGGGGGGAGAUGAUGAUGAUGAAGACCACGAGAUGGAUGGGUUGGAGCCAGAGGGGCGGGAGGAGGAGGUGGGAGAGGGUGGCGGAAGGGCGGCGACAGAGGCGGGAUCACAGCAUGUGCGUGAAGGGGGAGGGGGCGUGGGGGUUAAGGUGGGGGGGAGAAAGGCCGUGACCAUUAGGGAGCCGAGGCAGAGGAAGAAGGCCAACAAGUUGAGGGAGCGGGCGUAUCCCUGCACGUUCACUGGGGAGCCCUUGGGCGAGGGUGUGAUCGCUCCCGAGUUCCUAGACGAGGACGGAGGGUCCGAGAGCAGUAAGGGGACUGGCAAGGGUAAUAGGAAGCCGGGGUGGCAGGUAAUGAUGUUCGGACCGUUAGGGGCAGACGAGAAGCGUCAGUGCAAGAUUUGCACAGACAGGAUUUCUUGGAAGCAAUCCACAACAACCCCCGGCGAGCGGCACUUUGCGAGCUUCCACACUGCGCACAUGCAUGUGUGGCAUCACCGCUACCACACCCCGUCCGUUCACUUGCCAGGGGAGACGUUUCCCCGUGGGGGCUACAAGGGAGUGCCGGAUGGCUACGUCUAUGAGUGGCCACAUGCCAAAACUUGGCCGCAACUCGCCAAGGGGAAAGGGAAGGCGACUGGUGGAGGUGAUGGGUCAGGCGGGAUCGAGCGGUGGAUGACAACCAAACUGACCUCGGUGCAGCUACGGCAGGCGAUCACGAAGCUGGUGGUCACCUGCGACCUCCCCUUCCGCAUCGUCGAGGCCGAGGCUUUUCGUGAGCUACUCAUCCUGCUAAACCGCAACUGCGCGCAGAAGAACUUCAUCCCCUCGCGCUGGACGGUUUCCCGCGACACGGUGGUCUAUGCGGCUACCGCUCUUCAGCCAUCCGUUACGGAGAUGCUGGCGAAGGAGGGGGAGGUGGGGUGCAGGGUGUCGUUCACCAUCGACAUGUGGACGGCACCCAACAACACGGCGUGGCUAGUGGUAACGGGUCACUGGAUCGACGAGAAUUUCCAGCUGCACACAACGGUGUUUGAAUUCCGCGAGAUUCACGGGCGUCACACGGGCAAGCAGAUGGCGAGGGUGGUUGAGGAGACGGUGGUGCAGUGGGGGUUGGAGACGCGUUGUCUUGGGUUCACCUCAGACAACGCCUCCAGCAACACUGCCGCUUUCAGGUGGAUGUCGGAGGAGGGUGGUGGCCAGUGCUUCUUCAACUCGCGCAUGCACUUCCGAAUACCCUUGCCCCGUGCGCGCCUACUCUCCUCCGCUCACUCGCUAGCCGCCGCGUCCCCUUUCCGCGCCGACUGCUGCGCCACUCCGCCAAGCGCAACGCGCGCUCUCCCCUACAGGUGGAGGGCGUGGCGCGUAGCGGCUGCAGGGGGCGAGGGCGAGGCGGAUGCGGGGGCGUCGGUGACCUCUGCGGGGGAUAGCGCAGUGAGGACGGACCCCGUGUUCCUGCUGUCCCCCCUGGGAAUGCACUCGCGCAACCUCCAAUCCGACCUGCGCUGCACCGUGGUGGUGCAGAUCCCUCCUCCUGCCAUUCCCCUCAUCACCCCCUCCUCACCUGCCCACCCCCCAACCCCUCCGUUCCCCCCAGACCCUGUCUUCCUGCUGUCCCCUCUCCGCAUGCACUCGCGCAACCUCCAAUCGGACCCGCGCUGCACCGUGGUGGUGCAGAUCCCGGGGUGGAGUGGCCUUGCCAAUGCGCGCGCCACCAUAUUCGGGAAUUCGUGCACGCUGUACCCCCACGCGCAGGAGUGGGCGCGGGCCGUUUGUGUGAAGAGGCACCAGCACGCGGCACAUGAGUGCUCCUUGUACUAUGCAUCCACUACUGCUCGUCACCUCCCUCCAUUUCCCCCCUUCUUUCCCCCGCCUCCACAUCUUACCGUGGCCAGCAGUGGGCGCGGGGCUUUUAUCGACAUCUAUUUUGUGCGUGGGUUUGGCACAGUGGCAUGGAUACACGUGGCUGAGUAUGUGCCUGCCACGCCUGAUACCGUUGCCACCAACCAUGCGAGCACACGCUGCAGCCAGGGGUGGAACCGAGGUCGGUGCUGGCAGGCCCAUGCAGUGCGCACUAUCAUUCUGCUCCCCCCUUUCUGCUCUCCUUCUCCCUUCAUCGCCUCUCAUUGUGCUCCCCCCUUUCUGCUCUCCUUCUCCCUUCACCCCCUCUCAUUCUGCUCCCCCCUUUCUGCUCUCCUUCUCCCUUCAUCGCCUCUCAUUGUGCUCUCCUCCCCUCUUCAACAGGAGCUGAAUGACCGGCUGGGGGCUGAGCUGAGGGCAGUCCUGGCGGGGUCGAUGCACGCACAUCCAAUCCCUCCAUACUACACCCCGCCUCACUGCACCCCAUCACGCUGCACCGCAUCCCACUGCAGCAUGCCUGACCACCACCCCAUGCACCAGGUGGUUGACCUGCUCAAUGCGUGCAUCGCCAUCUCCCUGCCUGCCUUGCCUCAUCAUUCUCUGUGCUCAGCUGUGGGAGCUCUCCCUCUGCACCUGCCGCCUUGCCGCCCAUCAUGA